AUGUCGCUCGUCCAGCCCUCGGUGCCAGAGCGUCGGCCCUCGCCCGCCCUGUCGCUCAACUUAUCUUCCAACAAUCCCUUCCGCAACCGCGCUGCAUCGCCCCAAGGCCUGCCGUCGCCGUCGCCCUCACUGCCCACCCCGCGCACCACCGCCCAGCGCCCGCAGUCGCGGAACCCCUUUUUGGCAGAGUUCGAGGGCUCCCAGCCGCCGCAAAGCCAGUUCCAAUCACAAUUCCCAGCCUACCAACCCAACAACAUGGCUACCGAUAAGCCCAGCUACGCAACCGCUGCAGAAGAGCUGUUUGCCGAGAUGAGUCUGCAAGACAAGGAUGAGAAGAAGGCCGGUCCUGAUGGCACAUCCUUCCCUCGUCCGCCCGGCCCGCCGCGAUCUGGUACCGCUCCGGGGCGUCCGCCGCGCCGCCCGAUGGAUGAAGAUCACCGCCGCAACGCCAGCGGCUCCAGGGCUCCUCCCCGCCGUCCCCCGCGCGAGGAGCUCGACAUUUUCAAGAGCCCCGAGCGCGGCGGCGAGACGCGCAGGCCCCGUCGCAACUCCGAGUCCUCGAUCAUGGACAAGCACUCGAUGGAGGAGGAGCGCCGGCGUCGCGAGAGGAGGCACAGGGAGCGCAAGGAGAGGGAAUCCGGCCGCAAGGACGGCAAAGUCAGGAAGCCCAGGGGUCUCGAUCUCAUUGACAAGCUCGACGUCUCCGGCAUCUACGGUCCGAGCAUGUUCCACCACGAUGGUCCCUUCGAUGCUUGCAACCCCCACCGUAACCGGAAGGGAUCUCAGCGGGCCCCGAUGCAGGCGUUCCCCGAGGGUUCGGCCAACAACGUUAUGGGUGGCUCUGGUCCCGUUAACGCUUCCAUGAACCUUGACCAGUUCCACGGUCGCGGUGCUGAGGGAUUUUCUGACUUCUCGUCGGCCGCACGCAACGAUGACCUCCCCAAGCCGUCGGCCGGUCAGGCAGGCUUCUACAACCCCAAGUCGGAUAUCGAGCCUAUCCACGGUGACGAGUCUAACGGUCUCGGAUCGAGCACUUUCCUCGAGGGUGCCCCUGCAAGCAGAAAGGACAUGGAGAGGCGCGACUCGGAGCAGGAGAUGGGAAUGGGUGGCGGUGGCCUUGCACGCAAGAAGUCUCUCGCCCAGAGGAUCCGCGGCAUUUCGCAGCCCCGUCGCGAUUACGGAGGACGUGUGGUGUCUCCCGGUGUUGACUACGAAUCCCGCCGCCCGCCCCCGCCCCCGCCCGUGAACGGCCAGAGCUCGCCGUUGGGUGGUCCCCAGAGCGCAGGAGGCAGGGGCAAGCUGCAGGAGAAGAACCCGUUCUUCGAUGAUUACGAUGAGAAGGGCGCUUCGGUCGGUCGCGCUCGGGCACCGAGCUCCCCUGGACGGCCGAACCUGGAGAGAUUGCCCACCGGCGAGGCAGGCCCAGCCGAUGAGCCCAAGCCCAGCGGUUUCCUCACGCGCAUGAAGUCCCUGAAGGGAGGACCCAGGAAGCCCAAGCCGGAGAGGAGGCCGUCGUAA